AUGGGAAUAUUAUCUAAGGAUAAACUACUUCCUUGGGAACAAACAAAACCAUAUGCUGACCAUAUUCGUGAUCAAGGAGUCAAACAAUUUUUAUCAAUUUAUAAUAAAGAAAAAGAUAGGGAAAAUGAUAGUUUAUU